AUGUCGUUACCAACUUUACGUAAAGAGUUAGAAAAAGAAUUUAAGAAACUUUGGAAUAUUGGUCCUCUUCCACCUUUUAAAUUUGAUAUUGAAAACAUAAUAAAAGAUUUUCUAUUAUUGACACUUUUUGUUGGCAAUGAUUUCAUACCGCCAUUGAAUAAUAUUAAAUCUCAAGAACUUGGUGAUAUUAUUUCUAUUUAUAAUAAGGUGUUAAAAAACUGCGAUGGUUAUAUUAUUGAUAAUGGAAAAUUGAAUUUAAAAAGGCUUAAAAUGAUUUUUAAGAAUUUGAACAUUUCUGAAACUAAAUCUAUCUAUAAUUAUGGAAAUCAAAAUCGAGAAAUUUUAAUUAAAUCAUAUAUUGAAGGUUUACAAUGGGUGAUUUCCUAUUAUGAUGGUACAUUAAUAUCUUAUAGAUGGUUUUACCCUGGACAUUAUUCACCAAUAAUAUCAGAUUUGAAAAUGUUUGAAAUAAAAAAUUUUGAUAAUGAAGCCUAUUAUAAAUCUUUCGAACAUUUAAUGUUUGUUUUGCCUCCUACAAGUAAAGAGCUUUUACCACGGGCAUACCAGAACCUUAUGAAUAAUUCAGAAAUUAAAGAAUUUUAUCCUAACAUCACGAAUAGACUUAAUAUUAAUAACCUUCCAUUUAUUGAUGAAAAAAAAUUAUUACCUUUGUUAGAAUGCGA